AUGUCGUUCCUCUAUCUUUUCCUGUUCGCGUGCGUGUCCUUGGCAAGCGCUGGAGAGCAUUUCCGUGUAUGUUACUACACAAACUGGUCCCAGUACAGGCCAGCACCGAUGAAGUAUUUCCCAGAGAAUGUGGAUCCGUCUCUGUGCACUCACGUGAUCUAUGCGUUUGCGAAGAUUGGCAACGGCUACACCUUGCAGCCGUACGAGUGGAAUGACGACAAGAUGUUUGCCAGAUUCGCUGAAAUUAAACGAGUUGAGUAUUCUGUUAUUUUAUCAAAAACUGUCGGGAGAGAAGCAUUAGGGUAA